UCCUGUUAUUUGGCUGUAGCUCCAUAGAGAACAGUGGCACUGAAGACAGCGGCCACUUGUAGUGAUGUGGAGCCACCGGAACUAGGGAGUGGAGCAAAGAGGUCACUGAACCGGAACCAGGAGGAGAUGAGAGCACACAGGGAAGAUAAGUGACAGUGAUCUAUGAUUAAGGUUCAUCCUCUUUGCUGCUCAGAAGGUACAGUGACUACAAGUGGGAUACCCGGUGCCCAUUGAAAUGUCCCUUCCACCCGUGAUUUGUCAUCAUGAACCGUUAUACAACAAUCAAACAGCUCGGAGAUGGCACUUAUGGCUCGGUCCUUCUGGCAAGAAGCACGGAGUCGGGGGAGCUGGUUGCCAUUAAAAAGAUGAAAAGAAAAUUUUACUCCUGGGAUGAAUGCAUGAAUCUUCGAGAGUUAAAGUCUCUGAGGAAGCUCAAUCACGCCAAUGUUAUUAAACUGAAGGAAGUCAUCAGAGAAAAUGAUCACCUCUAUUUUGUGUUUGAAUACAUGAAGGAAAAUCUGUACCAGCUGAUGAAAGAUCGGAACAAAUUAUUUCCUGAAUCCACCAUCAGAAACAUUAUGUACCAGAUACUACAAGGGCUUGCUUUCAUACAUAAAUAUGGAUUUUUCCACAGGGAUUUAAAACCAGAAAACCUCCUCUGCAUGGGACCAGAACUUGUGAAAAUAGCAGAUUUUGGACUAGCUCGAGAAACAAGAUCUCGACCACCUUACACAGAUUAUGUGUCUACACGAUGGUACAGGGCGCCGGAGGUGCUACUUAGAUCAACAAGCUAUAGCUCCCCCAUUGAUAUCUGGGCUGUAGGCUGCAUCAUGGCCGAAAUUUACACCCUAAGGCCUCUUUUUCCAGGCUCAAGUGAAAUAGACACCAUAUUCAAGAUUUGCCAGGUUCUAGGGACACCAAAGAAGAAUGACUGGCCUGAAGGCUACCAGCUUGCCAGUGGAAUGAAUUUUCGCUGGCCACAGUGCGUACCAAACAAUCUGAAAACCUUGGUCCCCAAUGCAAGUAGUGACGGGAUUCAGAUCAUGAGAGAUAUGCUACAGUGGGACCCUAAAAAGAGACCGACUGCAAGCAAGGCUCUCAGUCACCCUUAUUUUCAUGUGGGUCAAGCUCUCGGUACACCUCAAAGAAUUCAAGAGUUAACGAAACCACUGAAAGACUAUCAGGAAAAGCAAAUUCCAUUACACAUCAAACCUGUUCCGCCAUCUCGGCCACCACCCAAAUAUCAGUCCCGACUUUCAUCACGUACCCUCCAGCAAAGCCAGUCAAAUGGACAGCCUUUCAAACUAAGCACAGCUCUAGUGGAUUCCGUGGACAACGAAGGAGGAGGAGGCCCCAUAAACCACUCUAUGCUGCCAGAGCUAAGCAACAGGGCUGCGCCUCUUAAGGUCGCCUCUAAUUUGGAGAACACAUCUUUGAACAUGAACAUGAAGAAUAGACGACGAUGGGGAUAUGUAACGAAAACAGUCAAGAGCUCAGAUGAGUGGGAUGACUUUCAAGAUCUUGAUAUUGGCUCUUCUAAUACUAGAACAGAAGCAAAGAAUGAAAAACCUAGACCGAUCGGGGAUGGUCUUCGUAGCAGUUUUGAGAGUAUUUUAGAUUUGAAGGAAGACAGUGGCUCCACUAGGCCCGUGCAGUCUUCGUUCUCUCGACAAGAUACUUCAGCAUCCAGGAGAACGUCCGCUAAGCAACAUUACUUGAGACACUCCAGGUAUUUGCCCGGAAUAUCUAUUAAAAACAAUGCUGGAAGUAACCCUGAUAAAGAUGGAAUAAAUUCCUUUAACCAAUGGCCAAAUAUUAGUCGGCCAAUGAAGCCUCUUGCAGUGCCAACAGGACCUACCGGUGUUACUGGUUACAUUCCGACUUUCUGGAAACAGGAAUUGAGUUCUCUUGGGCAAAAGACUCGAUUAGCGCCACUUACAGACCCCUCUCCAAAGUUUGGGUCCAUAAAAUCCGUUGGAUCGUAUAUGGGACAGUCCACCAUCAACUCUCCAUCCAAAAGUUCUCCUACAUUGUCUCCCAGGCCACCACCUGCUCUUCAGCCAGUCCACGGAAGAACAGACUGGAUGUCCAAAUACGGCGGGCGGAGAUAGCCAAGCACUUUAUUUGGCAUUUAUGAUGUCAUCCCGUAUGGACAGCUAUUGAAACAGCUUUUAUGUCAUGCAUCAUAUAUUUUUUUAUUUUUAUUAGUGUGUCGUAUUCCAGAAAAUACUAGAGCGGAACGCACCUUUUCAUUGGUGCUGUGGGCACGAUCAUGUUAGAGAUACUCGUAUGACAUGUCGGUCUCUUUACAGCAUCUACCAUCUAGUAACCUCCUGUCAGAGGCUAGCUCUAGGGCAUUUUUUUUUUACCAAAGUCUGCCUCUUUCCAGCUCAAAAUCGCUGCUCCUAGGCUGUGCUAGGCAAAUACACAUGAUACGCUGAAGGUGUAGUUCCCCUUUAACUUGCACAUAUGGCUCUGGCACAUUUGCAUGUUACUUCGGUGGAGCAUGGAGGACAUAACUGACUGAGAGGUAGGAAAAGUCCGACCUGUUGGAUUUAUGUUUAUGCAACAUCCAUCUGCCGACUAAAAUCUAAUGUAUGCGGCCUGUUACAUUCUUCUCAAGAUGACCGCUCCUAGAAAUGGAAGAGUCGUAACACUUGAAGGUUUCACCGCAUACAUUUCUUAUUAUAGGAGAUAUAUUUUUGUUAUAAAACUGCUUUUUGAUAUGAUUUAUAAUUUAUAUAUAUGAGACACAUUGCUAGUGAGACAUAGGAGUAGUAAAAUAUUCCAAGCAAGACUUAUCAUUUGAGUUUUAACCAGACGAUGGGUGUUACCCUGAAGAUUGUACUUCCACGUUGGUUUCAUUUCAAUGAUCCACAGAUGCUUCUUCACUGUCCCACCACUUCUUCCAGUGUUGUCCAGGUAAGGCCUCAGCCUGAAAAAUAGCCCACUUACAUGUCUCAUUCACACAUCAGUGUUUGGUCAGUGAUUUCCAUCAGUGAUUGUGAGCCAAAACCAGGAUUGGACAUAAGAUAUAAGGGAAAGAUCUGCACCUGUUCUGUGUUUAGACCCGAACCUGGUUUUGGCUCAAAAUCACUGAUGGAAAUCACUGACCAAAACACUGACGUGGACUCUGAAAAUGAGCACAGAUGAGCAUAGCCGGCCUGCCUGAAAUGGAGCCACUGUGACAUGAAAUACUGUAGGAGUGGCUGAUUUCACAUAACUCGGAUUGUGUGUCUUUCCCAGGAUGUGUCUUUUAUGUUGUAGUGAAACGCUACUCUUUUACUUACUUGUAUAUUAAUCUCUCAUGUCUGUUUAUUACAUCAAUCCACAGAACAUUGCUGGGCAAUGUAGUGCACUUAUUAACAGGAACACCACUGGCCUUAUUCUGUUCAUUAGACAUACAGCACACAAUCACUUAUGACGGAGUUAUGCGUCCGAUAACUCAAUUACAUUAUGAGUUGCAUGUUUUCAUUUUAACAAAUAUAUGCAUUGACAACCUAGCUCUGAAAAUAAGACAAUACAUUAUUUUUUUGUUUGUUUUUCUGUACUGACAUGCACUUUUACUUUCCUCUGGCAAGUAUAUUUUUUUAACUUCUUGUGUCAUUCCUUUAUAAUUCCUACUAGAAGUUUAUGAAUAAAGAUACAACUGGGUGUUACUAGUUGGGGGGUGGGGUGGGGGGUGACAUUAUCCACUCAGUGCUAGCAGUGUCAAAUUGUACAGGGACCCCUUCCCCCCCAAGUGGUAACAUCCAGUUUUCCAUUUAUUCAUAAACUUUUAGCAAGAAUAAUAGAGGUAUGGCACAACAUACAGUUACAAGAAAAGAUGCUCCAGAAUUGUUAUUACAUGAGGAAUGCAAGUAGAUACUAAAACACAUAUGUCAGGAGAGGUGACGGGUCGGCUUUACGGCCUCCAUGAUUGCCUGAUUAUCCCCUCAGAAUUUCUCUCUCGUAUCAUUGGGGGACACAAAAGACCAUGGGUAUAGCUGCUGCCACUAAGCAAAAAAAGUGCUAGCUCCUCCUCUCAGCUAUACCCCUCCUGCAGACACUGAGCUAAUCAAUUCUAGCUUAGUGUCUGUAGGAGGCAGACCUCCCUGCUUUGCAGGUCUGCUGAUUUUUUUCUUGCGGGCCAUUCUCAUGCCUGGCUUCCAGGUUCUCUAGCCCUGACUUGUUCGUCAUGGUCCUGCUGGAGUGUUCUUCUCCUCUGGCAGUCUGGUAUGGUGUGUGAGGCCUUUGCCUUCGGGCAUUCCUACUUCUUCUCCCAUGGGGGGGCAAGUUUUGUCACAUCUGCAGUUCUUUGGCCCUUGAUAUCCAGACACCAUUUUGCGUUCGUCUUCCUCCUCCAGGCUACGUAUUUCUCUCCUGUAUCUUCUGCAAUCGCUUUUGGUGACUGUCUUGUCUUCAUUCUUGUCCACUUUGUGGUUCUGUGUGCUCUCCACUUCUUCUGACGCCUAAGCCGUGACUUAUAUUCCCUGGGCUGUUCUUUCUUCUGCCCAACCGGAGCCUCUGCGUUAGGGAUCGACCGAUUAUCGGAUUUACCGAUAUUAUCGGCCGAUAUUCAGGAUUUUGAACACUAUCGGUAUCGGCAUCUAUUUUGCCGAUAUUCCGAUAGUGUAUGGGGAACAC